AUGAGUUCCUACGUAGCCAACUCCUUCUAUAAGCAAAAUCAAAAUGUUCCUGCGUAUUCCAUGCAAAGUUAUGGGAAUUAUGGAUCUGUGUCUGAGGUUCAGCCAUCCAGGUAUUGCUACAGUGGGUUGGAUCUGAGCAUUACAUUCCCUUCAUCUGGGGCUUCAAACUCUCUGAACGGUGUGGACAUGUCUUCAACCCCCAGAUCUAACCCCGACCGACCUUCCUGUACAGUCAUGGGAUCUUCAGGGCACAUUUUAGGCAAAGACGACCAGACUUCUCUUAACCCAGGAAUUUAAAGUCAGAAAACUGGUGGUAACAACAACAACAGCAGCACCACCAUCCCCAACACGCCGUUGGAAGAUAGAUCUAAGAGCAGUGGGGAAAUCAAGAGUGAGCCGGUGCAAGCAGCCCAGCAAAGCGGGCAGCCCAUGCAGCCGCACCACCACCACCAACAUCAGCAGCAGCAACAACAACAACAACAUCAGCAACCACCACAAAUAUAUCCGUGGAUGACCAAACUACACAUGAGCCACGAAGCAGAUGGCAAGCGUUCCAGAACGAGCUACACUCGCUACCAAACUCUGGAACUCGAGAAAGAAUUUCAUUUUAACAGAUACCUCACCCGUCGGAGGCGCAUAGAGAUUGCCAACAACUUAUGUUUGAAUGAGAGGCAAAUCAAAAUUUGGUUUCAAAACCGGAGAAUGAAGUGGAAGAAAGAUUCCAAAUUGAAAAGCAAAGAGUCUCUCUAG